CCCGCCUCCAGUCUUCUGAUUGGCUGCAUAUUUCCCACCUGACAGUGGAUUACGCAUAAUGAUUGGCUUACCGGGGAAACAUGGCUACCAAUCUGAAUCUGCUUCCUCUGUACCUCUAGACUUUGAAUCCAGUCAGAAUUUUACCGAAGUUGUAGUACUUUCGUGACUUCCUGCUGUGCGUAAUCCAUUGUGUUCAUCUGCCAGUUCGACGUAAUUCUCUGCCAUGCCACUGUUACCCCCAACGAAGACCCCAGCAGUGAAUCUGCUGUACAAGAUCCCUACGGAUCAGUUCGUCUGCGGAGCAAUUAACACCAGCAAGCAGAUACCGUAUACGGCUGAUAUUAGCGUCGAUGCGGAUCCCACCUAUCCCGAUAUCCCAGCAUCCGUCUGGACAGUCACGAUGUUGGUGACUGAAAACAGCGCAGCCGUUACUGCUACGGUGUGUCCCAAAGAGCCAUCAGCAAAUGUGAAGUCUUCCAACGCGAUUUCGGUAGAAUGCCGAGUACGGGCUUCCGCGGACGGACCAUGUGACAUACGCAUCGAAGAAACUGGAUGGCGCCUUCCUACUGCCUCAGGAACUAACCUAAUGGAGCUCGUCACCUCCACGUACUCGAGCGGAUAUACCCACUAUGCACUGAAGAGAGGAGUGGUGGUCUUUGUUAAUCUUACGUUCUACGUGGCCAAAAAGGCUGAGGACGCUAUCGCCCAUAGACAGGAUAUGAAGCAGUUGCUGGAUUCCCGUAUGCUGACCGAUUUCAAACUGGUUUGCGGGGGUAAAGAUAUCGCGGUGCAUCGUGCCAUCGUGGCCGCGCAGUCGCCGGUGUUUGCUGCCAUGUUCCAGAACGAUAUGGAGGAGAAGAACACCGGACAGUGUGAGAUCAACGAUAUCUCCCCGGAUGUACUGGAGGCCAUGAUUCAGUUUGCAUACACCCGCUCGCCGCUGGAAGCAAACGACAUGCUGACCGAUCUGUGGAUGGCGGCGGAGAAGUACGAUAUGGUGGAUUUGCGUGCGGAAUGCGAGACGAUGAUGGCUGCUUCGCUGACGAAAGAUAACGUUGUUCAGCGUCUGUGCUUUGCGGAAAACCAUGAUCUAAAGAAACUGCGAACCAGUGCCCUGGCGUUCAUUGGUCGACAUGUGGAGGAGAUCGAGUAAAUAGUUUGGCGUUUCAUGGAAUGGUUUCAGUUUACAGCAAUCCUUACCUUUGUGUUGAGAAGACUGUUGUGCUGCUUAUCGUUGGGAUUUUUAUUUUAAGUGGUGAUUUUAGUCUUAUGGUUUUCUGGGUAAACGCAUCUACUAAUUUUUUUGUGAAUGAUCGUUUGGAAAGUUGACCUGAUUAUCUUCCAUAUUUCCGUCUAUUUCUUUUGAGAGUAUGUCGCUCAAUGCGUUUGACCACGGAAACCCUUGUCAGGUGUACUGUAGUUUACCUUGAUCAGGUUUUACCGGCUGUUAAUUGUAAGUGAAACCGUUGUUU